CACCCAUAUUAUACACACAUUCUACAUAUACGAAAAAAUUAACAACAAUAUGAAUACUCUUCUGUCACUUAAUGUUCAUGCUCCAUUCGCCGCACCAUCGUCGUUCUCGUUCUAUGAUCAUAGUUUACACUUGGAAGAGGAAGACGGUCAUGAUCAUCGUGAGGACGCGUUAGCAGCCGACAAUGUUACGAUCAAGAAACGCAAAUCAUGUUUGUUGUUGGAGAAUGACAAUAACAAGAAGAGGAAGUGUGGGCCGGUUGUGAACAACGACUCAAUAGUGCGGAUGAAGUGGUUCAUCACGGGUGAGAUGUAUGGUUUAGACAUGAAGCUUGUGAUCCAGAAGGUUUUGUAUGAAAGUGAUAUGAAAAAGGAUCAAAACAGAUUAAACAUGCCGAUAAAGCAACUGGCGACGAAACCUCACGAGUUCUUAACGGAUGAUGAGAUACGAAUGGUUGAUAAAGAUGGUAUUGAGGUUAGAGUUGUGGGUUCGAUGAUGCAAAUGUACGCGAAGCCGCUGAGGUUGAAGAAGUGGCCUAUGAAAAAGACUGACAACUAUGUGUUGAAGACAAACUGGAACAACUUUUUGGCUGAUAAUGAGGGUUUGAAGAAAGAUGUAAUGAUUCAAGUGUGGGCGUUUCGUAAAGACCGACAGUUAUGCUUUGCGAUUGUGCCUGUGGAGAGAACCGAUGCUGUGAACGACGCUGCUUGAUGAGUUAACAAGUUGUUGUAUUCAAUUCUCGUUGAAGUAGAAAGUUUCUUGUCUUAGAUUUCGUUAACUAAUUG